AUGGCCCACACACCGCAGCCUGCGUCUGGCAGAAAUACGCCAUCGUUUUCAUUUCGAGAUAUUGUUCGCGACGUCAUGAAGCAUUACAAGCACGAGAAGGAAUCCGAGGCGCACCAGAUCUUCCGUUCUGCGGCCGGUCAUCAGCCUAAGGGUGUAAUGCUAAUGACCGUCAAUCCAGAGGAAGAAACUGUUCCCGGCAUCGAGCAUCCUGGCAGCACUGGGGUCAUAUAUUGUUCGGACCGUGCUAUGGCCAAUGGCUUCAGCUACACCAGCUCUCAUGAGUGGGCCAAUCUUGGACAAGGUGCGCCAGAGGUCGGGCCUCUGGAAGGUGCUCCAGUCCGCCCAAACACCGUCGCUCUUCCCCUCGACUCCCUGGAGUACGCUCCGACAACUGGUGUGAAAGCCCUCCGCGAGGCAGUUGCCAACCUCUACAACCAUACCUACCGUCAGGGAAAGGUCAGCCAGUACACCUAUGAAAACGUUUGCAUCGUCCCAGGCGGGCGCUCUGGAUUAUCUAGGAUCGCUGCAGUCAUCGGAGACGUGUACACGAGCUAUCAGAUACCAGAUUAUACCGCAUAUGACCAAGUGCUUAGCGCCUUUAAGCGGCUGGUACCUGUUCCUACUGCACUCGACCCGAAGACGAAAUACAGUCUUGACAUAGAGCAGACUAAGAAAGACAUCCGUACACAAGGGCUGGCGGUGAUACUCGCUUCUAACCCGCGUAACCCUACUGGACAGGUUAUCAAAGGAAACGACCUUAAAGAACUCGUUUCAUUGAGCCGCGAAGGUACGACAGUGAUUCUGGACGAGUUCUACUCCUGGUACAUCUACCCGGACCACAAUCACGAUUUCGGCAAAUCGAUUUCCUCUGCCAAAUACGUCGAAGAUGUGAAUCAGGACUCGACUGUUAUUAUCGAUGGUCUCACGAAGAACUGGCGUCUUCCUGGCUGGCGCGUCUGCUGGGUCAUCGGGCCCAAAAACCUGAUUACGGCGCUCUCUCAAUCAGGCUCAUUCCUAGACGGUGGCGCCAAUCACCCCAUGCAGCUAGCGGCGAUUCCGCUGCUGGACCCCCUCCACGUCCAGCAAGAGAAGAUCGCCUUGCAGAAGCACUUCAAAGCCAAGCGCGACCACGUCCUCGCUCGCCUCAAGGAGCUCCAUCUCGAGGUCGACAUCCCGCCUUCGAGCACGUUCUACAUCUGGCUCAAUCUCGAGAAGCUGCCUGCGCCUCUGAACAACGGCUUGACGUUCUUCGAGGAACUCCUCAAGGAAAAGACGAUCGUCAUUCCUGGGAUAUUUUUUGACAUUAACCCGGCCCACCGUCGCAACCUUUUCAACUCUCCUUGCCACCAUUUCGUUCGCUUGUCCUUUGGGCCUCCGCUCAAGGAUCUUGAUGCAGGUCUUGACGCCAUUGACCGCGUCCUCAAGAAGGCAAAGAAGAAAGGAAUGCAUGAAUUCGGUCAAGGAUAUCUGAAGACUUCCCUUGAUAUCCCCGAACCUGCUCAGGUUUCGGGCUGA